AUGUCAAAGUACCCAGAAUUGAAAUGGGAUGCAGGAAACCUCACUGAGGAAUUUCAGUUGUUUAAGCAGCGCAUGACCCUCUGCUUACAAGACAAUGAGAUCACCGAUAAGCGCAAGAUUGCGGUGAAAAUUAAGAUAGCGGUUGGAAAUGAGGGACUCAGGCGCAUAAAUGCAUCUAGCCUCACAGAUGAGGAAACAGAGGACCCCGACAAAUUGUGGGCCCUUUUCGAAGACCAGCUCCACAUUAAGGUUAAUUACCGUGUACAUCGCAUGGAACUUAUGAGAUAUAAACAAAGGUCAGGCGAAACCAUUGACGAGUUUGUCACUAGGUGUAGGGACAAAGCAAAACAGUGCAACUUCGGGCCUUCCGAGCUGGCAGACCGUGUGUUUGAAUUGGUAAUCGGUUCAACGCCAUACGAGGCGUUCCAAAAAGAAUUGCUAGAUAAACCGCCAGAUUGCACAAUCGAUGACCUGCUUGCCGAGGGCCGGAAGUACGAGGCCAUAGCGGCGAGCAAAAAAUGUCUUCAGAACCUGUCCGAGGGCAGCGCUCCUGUCGAUGCAAUGCAGCGUUCGCGUAGAGCGUGUUCUAAUUGCGGUCUUUCUCAUCAGCCGCGCAGAUGCCCUGCGUAUAACGAUGUGUGCAAAUCAUGCGGAUCCAAGGGCCACUGGGCCAAGUACUGCCGCAAGUCUAGGCGCAAACAGCGUGGAGACAGCUCGCCCCGCAGGCGGCGAAGCGCAUCGCGAGGCAAGGCACCGUCGCGAGGCAGAGGUGGCAGAUCUAAAAGCCGCGAGACCUCCCAGCGUCUAGACCACGUGACCGAUGAAUCAGCAGGCAACCCACCAGCGGAGCAACCUGGCGCACAGUCUCACGAAAACCUAUUCUACUCCAUCCAAAUCUCCAACCUGAGCAUGACCCCUGUAAACCAAAUCGGGGUGAACGAGGCGUUCAAUGUAAUUGAUGUCAUGUGCCCAGAUAUGCUUGGCAUAAAACGCCUGAAGCUCAAAGUGGACACGGGUGCCAGUGCCAACACGCUUCCUGUCCGCACAAUGAAGCAAAUGUAUGGAGAUAGGUGGGGGUCAGUCACUAGACCAGCGGACGCCAAGCUGACGGCCUACAACGGUGCACACAUUAAAUGCCUGGGCUGCAUCGAUAUAAUGUGCCGAUACAAGACGUCACCAUGGUCGAAAGAAACCUUCUACGUCGUAGAUGUGCCAGGUCCUGCCAUAGCCGGUCUACCGAUAUGCCGAAAGCUCAACAUGGUCACGAUCCAUAGUGUUGCACCAACACCCGGUAUGACCGACCAGCAGCCCAGCCCACUAAUGACGCAGGCUAAGGCAACUUCCCCUGCCAAACCAUGGCCGCCACACCAACCAGGCCUGCGAAUAGCCUCCAUUGAUGACCUCAUACAGCACUUUCCAGGGAGAUUUGACACGCUUGGAAACUUCAAGGAAAAGGCUCAUCUAUACCUCAAAGAUGACGCGAAGCCAAGUAUCGACGCACCUCGCAAGUGCAGUAUCCACCUUAAGCCAAAGUUGAGGGCGGAACUUGACAGGAUGGAACGAGACGGAGUCAUACGCCCAGUCACCCAUCAUACCGACUGGUGCAGCUCCAUCACUACAAGUGUCAAGAAAGAUGGCUCCCUACGACUGUGUCUGGACCCCAAACGGCUCAACAACAGCCUCAAAAGAUGUCCACACAAGAUACCAACUCUGGAGGAGCUGAACCCGGAGUUCAGUAAGGCCAAAUAUUUCUCGAAAUUGGACGCCAAAGCUGGGUAUUGGUCGGUGCAUUUGGAUGACGAGUCGCAGGAACUCACCACGUUCCGCACUCCAUUCGGAAGGUAUUGCUUCCAGCGCCUUCCAUUCGGGCUCUGCGUGAGCCAAGACAUCUUCCAGCAAGAGAUGGACAAGAUCAUCGAUCAGGUCCCAGGCUGCGUGGGAAUUGCCGACGAUGUUGCUGUCUACGGCAAAACCGAAGAGGAACACGACAACAACCUGCUUCACCUCCUCUCCGUGGCCGAGCAGGAGGGUCUCGUGUUCAACAGUGCGAAGUGCAAGAUAAAGGUACCCCACAUCAGCUUUUUCGGGUCCACGUACUCGGCCGCUGGCAUCAAGCCAGACCCAGCCCGCAUUGAAGACAUAUAUGCCAUUCCUACGCCCCAAGACAAGGAAGACCUACAACGGUUCCUUGGGCUGAUGCAGUACGUCUCACCGUACAUACCCAAUUUCGCAGACAAAGCAGCACCACUAAGGGACCUCCUCCGGAAGAACGUCCCGUACCUAUGGCAAGAUGACCAUCAAGCCGCGUUCUCCAGCCUCAAAUACUCCAUAUCGGCAGAGUCCUGUCUACAAUACUAUGACCCAGGAAAGCCGACAACCUUGGAGGUGGACGCAUCGCAGAAGGGCCUCGGCGCAUGCCUGCUGCAGGACGAAAAGCCUGUCGCUUUCUCUUCCAAAACGCUCUCCACCGCACAGGCCAACUACUCGAACAUCGAGCGAGAGGCACUUGCACUCGUCUUUGGGAUCACACGAUUCCAUACCUACCUGUUUGGCAGCAGCUUUACGGUCCACACGGAUCACAAACCAUUGGUAAUGAUCUGCGCCAAACCGCUAACGAGUGCCCCACCACGGCUGCAGCGCCUCCUGAUCAAAAUUCAGGGAUACAAUUUCUCAAUCGAGUACAAGCCUGGCCCCACAUUGACACUUGCCGACGCUCUGAGUAGACUCCCAAAUCCAUGCAAACGAGGUGAUGUACCCCUCGACCUCCAGGUAGAUGAUGCCACACUUGCAGAUGGCCCAGUAACCAAGGGCAUUGACUUGGUGCACUUUGGGUGCAGCAAGCAGGACGAUCUGCAACGGCAAACACAGUGCGACCCAGUACUGAAGACACUUCAACAGCUCGUAUACACUGGAUGGCCCAGCACUAUUCGGGAGCUACCAUGUGACCUACGACCGUAUUGGUCAUACAGAGAUGAACUGGGAGUAUCCUGUGGUGUGGUUUUCAAGGGCAGACAAGUUGUCAUACCAGAAACCAUGCGCGCAGACAUCUUGAACCAGCUGCAUCUGGGACACUUAGGUGUCGAGAAAACCAGACGCCUCGCCCGCAACUCUGUCUAUUGGCCAAAGAUCAAUGACGACAUUGCCAAGCUCGUGGCAGAUUGUACGGUGUGCCAAGAAACACAGCCACGGCACACUAAAGAGCCAAUGAUACCCCACGAGAUCCCGUCCACGCCAUGGACAAAGCUCGGUACCGAUCUUUUCCAGCUUGACGGUGAAGAUUUUCUUGUCAUCGUCGAUUACCACUCGAAGUUCCCAGUGGUACACAAGCUGACCAACACCACAAGUGCAGCAGUCGCUCAUCUGACUGCAGCAACGUUUGGCCUUCUGGGAGCGCCCACGGAGAUUGUUUCCGACAAUGGCCCCCAAUUUGCAGGUAAAGCAUACCAGGAAAUGUGUAAAACCUGGUACAUCAGGCAUACGACGUCGUCACCAACUUACCCCCGCUCCAACGGCCUUGCGGAACGAAUGGUCCGCACGAUUAAGACCUUGUUGACAAAGUGCCGGAAGUCUGGCCAGGACAUCAGCCAGGCGAUGCUCAACCUGCGAGCAACACCAAUCGAGCCAAACCUGCCUUCGCCAGCCGAGAUAAUGUUCGGCAGAGCGAUUCGAACCACACUGCCAAGUAAUAACCCACACUUAAGCCACAACACUUCAGCUGAAACAUACACAGGCCUUCAACAGAGACAAGACAAAAUGAAACAAUGCCAUGACAAACAUGCGGGACCACCCCUUCCACCCCUGCAUGUCGGCCAGAAGAUCCGACUUCUGGACGAUGCAUCCAAGACCUGGAUUCCUGGGGAAAUUGUAAGGGUCAGACAAGAGCCUAGAUCGUACGAGGUGAGGACGCCCAACGGGAGAACUCUUAGGCGGAAUAGAUCACACCUGCGCGAGAUGCCUGCUAGCAGCGAACACAGCGUCAACCCCAAGGUGCAAAGCGGCACUGCUGAAGCGAAGCGCCUUGCAUUUGAUGAGCCCAAAAAGCAGGUCAGAUUCGACUUGCCCCCAGACACGGGCGAGUGCUCGCACAGGCAGAGUAAAGCCAAAACACCAGCAACCCCAAAUGCUAAAACGGACACAUCCGUCACAACACGAUCCGGCCGA